AUGUGGAGCUCAGUCAAAGAGCACACCUCCCAUCGGUCCGUCCCGCCGCCCACCCUCAGCUUCCUCUUCGUGGUCAACUGUCCGAUCCUAAGCGAGCAGUAUAAACGCGAGUAUUCGAAGGACCGGUGGGGUAUCAUCCUUCCGCCGACCAAAACAAGCCACUUCGCCAGGGAGGGGGCCAGUCCAGUGUUCCGGUACAAGAACGGCCGUGUCACCAGGGCCUCAGAAUAUGUCUGGCACCGGAACCCAGGCACAGAAGGAGGCAUCAUCUUGGCCUCCCAGAUUCCAACACUGGGCGGCAGCAUCCAUCAGACACCAUAUAUGCUGAAGUUUGCCACCUGUACCGUUUUUCGCGGCUGCCCCUUUCGACCCAUCAUCUACAUGGAGAGGGAUGCAUUGGCUUAUGAUGUGAACGAGAUUGAUAUAGAGCAGAUGUACCACCCCCUAAGCUUCGGCAUGUACCAGAGCAGGGGGGGCGUUAGUAUGGCUGGUGCACGGAUGAGUUUUUUGCAUGCCGUCGGGCGCGAUGCGGCCUGGGUGGGCAAGCUGGUUCCUGACUCUUACAAGAAUCCGAGCCGAGCGGCCCCCGACUCAGGCGGUCUGGCAGGAUCGCUGCCUGUGAUCCUGGGUCUUAUGGCGCUCUCCCAGAUACCGGGCCACGAGGCGGAAGCUUUCGACCGUGGUUUGUGGGUGGACGGGACAUGGUCUGGACCAGACUGGUCAUACAACGGGAGGUCUCCAACAGGAGCAGACGACCUGCCACGUGGAGUCGUGGUCCAUGUGUGCUGCGAUGAAGUCCAGAACCCACACGGGUCGACUAUUGACUCGAUACAGCGAUUCUGUGACGACGGAAUUAUCGUCCAGGGUUAA